AUGAAAAAAUCUAUUACUCUUAAACCUUCUUGUUUACCACAUAAAUCUUCUAACUCAAUAAUUAUUGAUACUCAUAAAAUGAUUAAAGCAAUAAAUUCAAAUGACCCUCAAUUUGUUGUAUUAAAAGAAGCAGCUAUUAAAUAUAAUUGUGUGUUAUUAUUACCACCUGCUUCAUUAAUAAAAGACUUAGCAAUAACACCAAACCUAUUAGCCAGUCAUUUAAUUCUUCUUGAUACAUCUCAUAAGUUUAUUACAUUAUCUUAUGUUCCUGGUACAAUUCAAGAUUCUAUUAUUCGUAUUUACCAACCAAUUCCAUACUCAACAUUUUACCCAAGAUUAUUAGAAGAGGCAGAACAAAUGAUAAGAAAUACCACCUCUAAUAACUGUGUUUUAGUAGAAUCUGUUGAUUCAUUAUAUUUUGGAGAGUACCAUUUAACAAUGUUACAUAUAAGUGAUGUAAUAGUAUAUCAAGGGUGUGAAUGGAAAUGGAAACAAUGUUCAAUAUAUGAUAAUAACGAAUAUCAAAUAGAAUUAUUUUUCCAACAAAAAAUUGAAUUCUUAAAUAAAGAAAUUACAUCAAUGAAAAUGGAUAUUAGACAACAAACAAGAAAUAUUUUAAAUGAAGAAAUUGUCAUUUUUAAAAUUAUUAAUUUAGAUAAUUCAUUACUAAAACAAAUUGAAACAUUUGUAUUAAAGUUUCCUCUUAUAGUCAAAGGAAUUUCACUUGAAGAACGUGAAACGAUUAUUAGUCAAUAUUGUAAUGAAUUUUGUGAUAAAAUAAGAAAAGAUCAAAUAUACUGUGUAAUGAAUAAUAUUAGAUUAAAGAGUGUUAUAAAAAGAAUGAUAAUAACUCGAUUAUAUCCAUAUUUAUGGCAACCCUCUAUUUCAGUAUUAGAAGGAACAACAAUAAAUUCUAUGAUGAUGGAUUUAAGUAUAAAAGAAAUUAUGAAACUUCAUAAUUUUGUAAGUUUAAAACAACUUGGAUUAAGCAAUAAAAAUAUUCCUUUAUUUUCUGAAAUGAUUGAAUAUAUUAAAGAGAUAGACAGUUUAAGAUGUCCAAAUGAUAAAUUACAAUACUUAAAUGGAAUAAUAUUAAUGGUUGAACAAAUAUGUAAAUUUCUUUAUACUCCUAAUGACGUAGAUACUCUUUUAAAAUUUAUUAUUAUUAAAUCUCAAAUGCCACACCUUGCAUCUACUUUACGUUACAUCGAAGUAUACAGUGAUAAAGAAAAUAAGAAAUAUAUAUUAAAUACCUUUAAUAAAGUUUUAGAGUUUUGUUCUAGUCUUUGUCAAAAAUCUUUGCUUAUUGAUGAGCAAACAUAUGAUGAAGAAAUUCAAAGAGUAUCAAGUGUAAAAGAAAUUAAAGUAGAUUGCGGUCCACUUGCAUUAACUGAUGUUCAAAUUCUAGGAUUACUUGAUCUUACAACAACUGAACAACCUAUUCAACUUGAUGUUGUUCUUAAAAAAAAUCCAGAAGAUAUUAGACAAGAAGAUAUUCCAAUUCUUAUUCAUUUAUUAAAACAGUUUAAUGAAGAAAAUAUUGAACUGAAGAAGAAGCUGAUUGCUGCUAAUGAAUAA